AUGCCAUUCGAGCGCCGAACCGCGCAUCUCGUCUUUACGGCGAUUAUCCUUCCUAGUCGCCACCUCGAGCCGAAGCUGAGCGAGCUCCUGUUUGCAUCUGUCCAUUGUCUCAUUACAAUUUCUCAUCGCCCGAACCCUGCUGGUGUGAUCGAGGAUCAUGAUGGUGUUUACGAGGGAGGUCUGAGACAAGAACUCUUGGUUGAGAGAUGCGGGUAG